CGGCGGCGGGGCGGAGCGGCCGGAGGUACGAGCCCCCCGGAGGCGCCGGGGAGGGGCGAGCCCGGCCCGGCUCGGCUCGGCGCAGGCUCCCCCGGACGCGCCGCUCCCGCCUCUCCCAGCAGCGCAGCGGGGCCGCCACCGGGCCGGGAGAGCAGCGCAGCGGCGCCGGCAGCGCGGCGGGACUCGGCCCGGAGCGGAGCGCGGAACGCGAGCAGAGCACAGCCAGCCCGCAGCGCCCCGCUGGGUCCCGGGCCGGAGAGAGAGGCGGAGCGGCGGGGGAUGGAGCCCCGGGCCUAGAGGCGGCCGCCCUGCCCGACCCCCUGCGGGCGCAGCACGGGCGGGGGUCGGGGCGGGCGGGCAGCGGGGAUGGGCCCGGCCGCGGGCGGGGAGCGCCGCCCGCCCCCCGAGCGCAGCCCCUGAGCCCGGCGGGGCCGGGCACGGGCCCCCCGCGCCGGGGAGGAUCGGCCGCUGCUCGAAAGGUUUUUUUCUUUUUUUUUUUUUUUUCCUCCCGAGUCCACCGAGAUUGUUUUGUUGUUUCUUGUUGUUGUUGUUGGAGUUUUUUUCUUGCUGGAGUUUUUUUUUUCCUUUAUUCCCCCGCGCGCCCCACUUCCGUGGUUUGGAUAUUCUGGGUGACUGCGAGAAGAGUUUUGGAGUUGUUUUGGAUUGGGUUUUUGUUUUUUUUUUUUUUGGUUUUUUUUUGUUCCCUUCUCCUGCCCUUGAACUGAGUUUGUCCUCUGUGCAUGCCGCUUCUGGAGCAAGGCUGGAUCCUGAACCUCGGUGCAUGUAAGGGGCAAAGCCUCGUUCAUAUUCCUGCAAUAAGAAUAAAAUGUAAAUUGGAUAAUACGACUUCUUGCCAAAGGCUCCAAUGAGUGGCACACAGUCCACAAUCACGGACAGGUUUCCUCUCAAAAAACCUUCGAGACACGGCAGCAUUCUGAGCAGAGAGUCUCCAGCAGACAAGAAGCAGAAGGUUGAACGCUGCAGCAGCACCCACGACUUCGAUCCCACAGAUAGCUCCUCCAAGAAGACAAAGUCUAGUUCUGAGGAGAGUAGAUCCGAGACUUAUGGCCUGGUGCAGAGGUGUGUGGUGAUCCAGCGGGAUGAGAACGGCUUCGGGCUGACGGUCAGCGGGGACAACCCCGUCUUCGUGCAGUCUGUCAAGGAAGAUGGAGCAGCCAUGCGGGCUGGAGUGCAGACAGGUGAUAGAAUUAUCAAGGUGAACGGGACUCUGGUAACACACUCGAACCAUUUGGAGGUGGUCAAGCUGAUCAAGUCUGGUUCCUAUGUAGCUCUCACUGUCCAGGGGCGCCCUCCAGGGUCACCCCAGAUUCCCUUGGCUGAUUCUGACGUGGAUCUGGCAGCUUUUGGGCAUAUGUCUCCCAUCAUGGCAUCCCCCCACUCGCCUGGCACGUCAGGGAAUGCAGAAAGGAUCACCAGCCCAGUGCUCAUGGGGGAGGAGAAUAACAUUGUCCACAACCAGAAGGUGGAGAUUCUGAGGAAGAUGCUCCAGAAGGAGCAGGAGAGGCUGCAGGUCCUGCAGGAGGAGUACAGCAGGACUCCCUCCACCCGCCUGCUCAAGGAGAUCCAGGAGGCAAAGAAACACAUUCCUCAGCUGCAGGAGCAGCUGUCCAAGGCCACGGGCUGCACCCAGGAUGGAGUCCUGUCCUCCAGGUCUGUGUCGGAGUCGCUGCAGAUCAGCGAGGGGGAGGCAGAGAGUGGGGACAGUGGCAGCAAACUGGAUUUCAGUGGUGACAGCCCCUCCAGACCCAACAGUGACAUUGCUGAUAGCCCUCGCAGUGGCCUGAAGGAGAGGAUUUAUCCAGAUGAGAGCCCAGAAAAGGCUGAGCUUCAAGACACUGACUCCCAGUCCAGUGUUGGAAGUCCCCUGGCCCGAGUGGGGACUCAGAUCAUUGGAGCAGAGGAUGAUGAUUUUGACACGGAGCAGGAGCAGAUCAAUGGGCAGUGCAGCUGCUUCCAGAACAUCGAGCUCCUGAAAUCCCGGCCGGCUCACCUGGCUGUCCUCCUGCACCACGUGGUGUCCCAGUUUGAUCCUGCAGCACUGCUGUGCUACCUUUACACAGACCUGUACAAACAGACCAACUCCAAAGAGACCCGGCGUGUUUUCCUGGAGUUUUACCAGUUUUUCCUGGACAGAGCUGCAAACCUGAAAGUCCCAGUUCCAGAGGAAAUCUCCUUGGAAUUAGACAGGAGAAGGCCAGAGCUCCUCCCUGAGGAGCUGCACCGCCAGUUCAUCCAAACCAUGCAGGAUAAAGUCUGCCCAGAGGUUCAGAGGAACCUGGAAGAUUUCAGGCAGAAGAGGAGCAUGGGGCUCACCCUGGCCGAGGGGGAGCUGAGCAGGCUGGACGCAGAGCGGCUCCGCGACCGCAACGCCGUGGAGAAGGAGAGGAGCUGUGCAGAGCAGAUCCUGGCCAAAAUCGAGGAGGUCCUGAUGACAUCUCAGCCUCUGGAAGAAGACAAGAGCUCCACGAUGCAAUAUGUGAUCCUCACCUACAUGAAACACCUGGGAGUGAAAGUCAAAGAGCCUCGGAACCUGGAGCAGAAGCGGGGCCGCAUUGGUUUCCUGCCAAAGAUCAAGCAAAGCAUCAAGAAAGAGAAAGAAGGAGAGGAGAAAGGGAAGAGGAGAGGCUUCCCCAACAUUCUGGGCCCCCCGAGGAGACCGAGCCGACACGACAGCAGUGCAAUUGGCAGGGCCAUGGAGAUGCAGAAGCCCAGGCACCCCAAGCACUCACCCACAGCCUCUUCUGUGAGCCCAGAGCCCCCCGAGUCCAGCAAGAUGCGCCAGAGCGGCUCCUCCAGCGAUGGCACAGAUGCCCCUUACCCCCCUGCCAACCCCAUGUCCCCCCUGGCCAUGGGGCCCUUUGCCUCUCCAGAGGGCAGCAAGGACAGUGACACAGGUGUGAAGCAGCCUGGGGAAGCCCCACCUGCCAGUGACUCCAUGGAUGGCACCCCUCGUACACCCAACAACACCUUUGAGUUCCCAUCUCCUUUGGAAAACCUGCAGGAGGAGGAGGGAGAGUCUGAGAGGAUGGUUGACAUGGGAACACCGAAGCCUUUUCGCAAGAUGGACAGUGUUGGCUUUGCAGAUGUGCAGAGUGAGGAUGAGCUCUAUGACUUCGACAUGGACAUGGACCCUCCCAACUGGCAGCAGCUUGUGAGCAGGGAGGUGCUGAUGGGGCUGCAACCCUACGAAAUCAAACGUCAGGAGGUGAUAAAUGAGCUGUUCUACACGGAGCGAGCCCACGUGCGCACGCUGAAGGUCCUGCACAACGUCUUCUACCAGAGGGUCACCAGGGAGGGCAUCCUCAGCUCCAGUGACAAGCGGAAAAUCUUCUCCAACCUGGAGGACAUCCUUGGGCUGCAUGUUGCACUGAACGAUCAGAUGAAAUCUGUCCGAAAAAGGAACGAGACUUCUGUCAUUGGCCAAAUUGGGGAAGAUUUGCUCUCCUGGUUUAGUGGACCAGCAGAGGAGAAGCUGAAACUUGCCACUGCCACCUUCUGCAGCAACCAGCCCUUUGCCCUCGAGGUCAUCAAGUCCCGCCAGAAGAAGGACUCGCGCUUCCAGACCUUCGUGCAGGACGCUGAGAGCAAUCCCCUGUGCCGGCGGCUGCAGCUGAAGGAUAUCAUCCCCACGGAGAUGCAGAGGUUGACUAAAUACCCCCUUCUGCUGGAUAACAUUGCUAAAUACACAGAGCUGCCUGAGGAGAAGGAGAAAGUCAAGAAAGCAGCAGAUCACUGCCGCCAGAUCCUCAACCACGUGAACCAGGCUGUCAAAGAGUCAGAGAACAAGCAGCACCUGGAGGAUUAUCAGCGGCGACUCGACCUCUCCUACUUGAAGCAGUCAGAGGAUCCCAUGAUGGAUGAGUUCAGGAACCUGGAUCUAACAAAGAGAAAGAUGCUCCAUGAAGGGCCCUUGACCUGGAAGGUGAAUCGUGACAAAACCAUCGAUCUGUACACUCUGCUGCUGGAGGACAUCCUGGUGCUGCUGCAGAAACAAGAUGACAAACUGGUGCUGAAGUGCCACAGCAAGAUCCUGGCAUCCACAGCUGACAGCAAACACACCUUCAGCCCCAUCAUCAAACUCAACACUGUGCUGGUUCGCCAGGUGGCCACAGAUAACAAAGCUUUCUUCGUCAUCUCCAUGUCGGCGACGGGGGCUCACAUCUACGAGCUGGUGGCACAGACUGUCUCAGAGAAGAAUGUCUGGCAGGACCUUAUAGCUCAGAUGGCAGGAACUGUGAAGAUGGGGAGCAGCAGAAGGGUGAUCCCACUGCCUCAGUCAGGCCCUGGCGAAGAGGAGCGUGAGGAAGAGGAGCAGCAGAAGCUGAAAGAGCAGCAUGACAUUCCUGCCAGCAGCCUGCAAAGUCCAGAUAAAGAUUUGGGCCUUGAGUCUCCCUUAAUACUGAACCCUCAGUCCUCUUCACCCAUCAUGUCUGAGAAGGCCAAGGUGGAAGGGCUGCUGGGGGCUGAGGAGCAGUUUGAGAAGGUGCAGCAGGCAGAGCUGGCACUGAAGGACUCCUCUGCCUGCUUUGAACACCCAGCCAGCAGCUCAGCCUCAAUGCCAGAGGGGCAGUGGGCACGGGAUGCCCUGAGGAACUUGGGGCUGCUGAAGCAGCUCUUGGUGCAGCAGCUGGGCCUGGCAGAGAAGGGCACCCUGGAGGACAGACAGCGCUUGCCCAGGUUCAGGAGCGUGUCCCAGGAAGCCCAGACAGAGAGUGGCAACGAGCUGCAGCCCUCUGAGAGCAAAUUCCAGCAGCCUGGAGAGGACAGAGCCCUUGGCAGAACUGGAGAGGCCGCGGGCGGGCACGGCGCCCGGACUGCAGCCGAGUGCCCGGCCUCAGGGGAUGCCAUGCAGCUGGUGGGCACGGAGCCCCCCGCCAGGGGCACUUUGCCCAUGGACAGCAUGAACCUGGAGGGCUCCAGCUCGGAGCUGGAGGGGCUGGGGGCUGAGGAGAGCGGGGAGCAUUUCUUCGAUGCCCGGGAAGCUCACAGCGACGAGAACCCCGGCGAGAGCGAGCUGCUGGACAGGAAGGAGGAAGAGGAGGAGGAGGAGGAGGAGGAGGAAGAGGAGGAGGAGGUGCAAAUUCGGAUCUCAGGAAAUUAUUUGAUCCUUGAUGGAUACGGAACAGUGCAGGAGAGCUCCACGGACGAGGAGGUGUCAGCCCUGGUCCUGCAGUGCACCUCCCACAGGCAGCCCGCCCUGGACUGUCCCCAGCAGCAGCAGCAGCAGUGUCCCCUGUCCCCAAGGGACACCCAGUCGGACGGGGGCAGCUCGCCCUUCCCCGAGGAGCUGCGCUGGGCAGGGCUGGAGGAGCCCUGUCCCUUCCUGGGCAGCCCCCAGCUCCCUCUGGAGAUCCGAGUGCAGCUCAUGCAGUACAUCCACAACAUCCAGGAUGCCCUGGAGAAGCUAAAGGAGGUGGAGGAGGAUUACAGCGUUCUGCGGCGCCAGGGGCUGGCUGGCUCAGCCUCCACAGGAGAGCACUCAGACAAAAGCUAGUCGUGUUUCCAGGAGUGGCUGAAGAUGGGAUGAAGAGAAUCAGGACACAGCACCCGCUGUCUCCCCUGUGGACUCUGGGAUGAGGGUUUGGAGCAUCCAAACAGGAACCAUUCUCUAGCAAAGUGGGCAUGGGGUGCUUUUCCUGUGGGGCAUCUGCACUAUCUUGUCAGUGAGGGAGUCUAUUCUAUUCUGCUCCUCUCCUUGCUACCAGAAAUUCAAUUUUUUUUUUUUUCAGAACAGGAAAAAAAAAAAAAAAACCAAACCAAAUGUACAGAGCUUUGGGUGUAGGAUAUAAAAAAAAAUGUAUUUAGACAUUUAAAAGAAAAAAAAAAAAUCAAUGUAUUUAUUUGACUUCAUUCCGUGUAUCAAAAGCACAUUUUAAUUUUUUAAUCUGCCUUUUUUUUUUGUUCUAUUUUUGGGUAGUGACAGUUCUGGCCCACCCUGCCUGGUGAGGGGACAGGGGGGACCUGUGUGCAGGUGUUUCCUCACUGGACUGGACUCUGCACUCCCUGCUGGCACUCAGACUACCAAGAGCUACUCAUGAAGGUGUUAGGAUGGAAUUUAUGGCUGGAAUUUGUCUGUAUCCAACCAGCUGCAUGGGAAUUGCUCAUGUCACCACAUGUGGAACAGGAAUUUUCCAUGCACUAAACAGCCAGGCACUUGAGAUGGGCAAAUUUUCCUUUUCCCCUUUCCCAUUCCUUUGCUGGGAGAGGAGAAAGAGGUUUAAUUUUGGUUUUUUCUUCUUGACUUUGUUGGCUUUGAUCAUUGUCUCCUUUGUAAAGUGAUAAAAAAAAAAUACUUGGACCUGCAGCACUUUUGUAACUCUUCUCUGGAUCAAAAAAAAAAAAAAAAAGAAAAGAAAAAAAAAGAAAAAAAUGCAAACCCAGAAGUGUUUCAAAGAUGUGGGGCAGCUGUGCCCCUGAUUCACUACUGAAUGAAAAAGGGCUGCCAUGGAGUUAGCCACAGGUACUGCUGAUUUUAGGGCCAGUAAGUUUUAGUACUUGGAGUAUGUCUUGCUGAGGGCUCGGGGUGGCUUUGGGGUUGUUUUUUUUUUUGGGGGGGGUUGGUUUUUUUUGAAUUUUCCUUUUUUUUUUUUUUUGGAACUCGUUUGUGCCAAUGCGAGGGACAUGGGUGACCUGAGGAGGCUGAGGCAGCUCUUGGGCACUUCCUCAGGCCUGCCCUGGAAUCUGCAGCUGGGAUUCCUGCCAGGCUGGGAAUUAGGGUGGCCCUGGGCCCAUUGCCAUUCAUUUUCCAUCCCCCCCGUGCUGGAUUUCACACAGGAGGGCUCUGACAGCCAGGAGUUCUGGAUCCCUGCACUGCCCUUGCCUGGCCUUUAGGCAUCUCCUGCUUUUUCUGGUUUUCUCUGUCAAAUGAGGGUGAAAAUGAAUUUUUACUGUCCUGCUUGGCACAGGGUGGCUCAAGUGUCCCCAGUGUCACUGGGCUGCUCCUGCCAGGUCUGUGAGGAACAAACCCUCCUCCCAAGGUUUAAUCUCUUCAAGGGAGCCAAACUGAGCAUCCUGCACAUCCCAUGGGCACUCAGACCUCUGCUCAGCACCAGGAUCCUCCUGCUCCUCUAAACCAUUAUUUUUUUGUUUUCCUUUUGGCUGCUGGCAAGAAAUCCCCUCUGUCCCUUGUCAGAGAAAUCCCAGCUCUUGUUCUUCCCCCAGAAUCCUGGGGGGAUGAGUUCAGGUGGCAGGAGAGGGAGCAGAGGGGAUUUUGCUGUCCUGCUUGGCACAGGGUGGCUCAAGUGUCCCCAGUGUCACUGGGCUGCUGCUCCUGCCAGGUCUGUGAGGAACAAACCCUCCUCCCUUUAAGGGAGCCAAACUGAGCAUCCUGCCCAUCCCAUGGACACUCAGACCUCUGCUCAGCACCAGAAUCCUCUUAACCAAUUUUUUUUUCCCUUUGGCUGCUGGCGAGAAAUCCCCUCUGUCCCUUGUCAGAGAAAUCCCAGCUCUUGUUCUUCCCCCAGAAUCCUGGGGGGAUGAGUUCAGGUGGCAGGAGAGGGAGCAGAGGGGAUUUUGGUGUUGGAGCCAGGAGCCCUUGGAGGGUUGUUUUUCCUGUUUGUUUUUCCUGUUGUUUUCAGAGCAUCACCACUGCCAGCAGCAGCCAAAGCCUCCUGCAGGCUGCCAGGAGCUCCCUGGUUUUUUGGGAUGCACCAAAGCCUGUCCUGUUGUGUGGGAUUAUUGUCAGUAUUAACCCAGCACUCCCCUCCUCACCUCAACCCCGCAUUUCCCCGGGUUAUAAACAUCCAAAUUUCCUCCAGAACCCCCCAGCCUGGAAUGCUGCCAGGAAGAGAACUGGAAAACAGCCCAGACUGGGGUUGGACCCUUUUCCCUCUCACACUCCAAACCCAGGAGCAGUUGUUGUGACCUCAGUGACCUAAAGGGUUCCCAGAGGCUUCCGUGGAGCUGUCUGGCUUCGGAAGAAUGUUCUGGAAGAGCAGCAGAGGUGGGGCCUGGGGAGGCCUGGGUGGUUCCUGCUCUGUGCUGGUGGUUGAACACAAAUUCCAGGGUCUGUGGUGGUCCCUGGUGUCACCCCUGGGGGCUGUGCCAGCAGUGAAAAGCUGGGAGUGCAGCGAGGUUGUCAGUUCGCUUUUUUGCCUGCUGGGGUGGCUUUUACCCCAAAAACAGCUGUGUCCCUGUCACUCUCAGGGUGGAUAAGGGACAAUCCCCCCCUCAGUGCCAGGCUGGCAGAGGAGCCAUCAGGGCUUGGCAGAGGUUUGGGAAUGCUGGAGGAUCCCAGACAUCUCUGGGUGACAGAAACCCCACUCUGCUGGCUGUGCUUCCAGCUCUGGGUCACCUCACUGGCAGGGAGGAUGCUGGGUCAGGGAUCCCUUCACUGGAGGGACAGGCAAUUCCUUUCUCCAGGGAAUUCCUUGCUCCAGGGAAUUCCUUUCUCCAGGGAUUCCUUUCUCCAGGGAAUUCCUUUCUCCAGGGAAUUCCUUUUCCCUCCCCAGCACGCCUGCAGCACCACAGACCUCGGGCUGGAGCUCAAAUGCACUAUUCAGGAUUCCCACAGUUUUUUCCUCCUUUAAGCCAUAAGAUUUCCCCUUAUUUUAAAAUGAAUUUAUUGUUUUAAUUUGCCCCUGGUUGGUUGGGCAUUCCCUUAUCCAAACAGUUCUCUGGAGUUUUUAAUCCCAGCCCCUCGUCACAAAAAUAUUUUUUUCCCCCCUUCCCCAAACAGAACAAGGAUUUUUUGUUUUGGGAACAAGGAUGGGAUGUAAGAACAUCAUCUGAGAGGUCAUUUCCCUUCUGCUGUCACCAGCUCAUGGACAAGCCAAAAGCUGAAGAUGGAAUUUUCUGGAAUGGGAAUUCCCCUGUCCUGCAGAAGAUCCCUGCUGGGUAGGGAGGGGGGCUCAGAGGAUGAGGAGUGCAAACCUGAGGAGCUCUCAGACAGCACCUGGCCUCUUCCAGCCUUUAAAACCUGAUUUAUCUCUCCCUGCUAUUAGAUUGCAUUCUCCUGGAUCCAGUAUUUUUCUCCCUGUUCCCCAAAGAAAUCCCUGGAUUCCCUCCCCUUCCCCAAAGGUGCCAACUGACAAGCAGAUGUACUGCAAAAGGGAUACUGCAGCCAAAACACUGCUGUUUUAUUUUGAAUUAAGUCUUGUGGAGCUCUCUUCAUACUAGAAUAUUUUUAUUUUCUUUGUACAACAUACAAUCAUGUACUCUUAACAGAGAUUUACUUUAAAGAGAAGAAAAAAAAAAUCUGGAAGUAUUCUUUAAAAAAAAAAUUACACAAAAAUCUUUAUUAAUAAUCCUGUAUUUUUACUGAUCAUGUUUGAAUGUCUAAAAAGACUUUAUUGUUCUAAUUAUCCAGAUGUAUGUUUGUAAAAUAGCUCUUUUAUGACUUAGCUGAUCGGGUUGUAUGUUUCUGGAAUUAAAUAUUGGUCACUUAAAAAAAAAAAAAAGAAAUCUGUUUUCAGGACCUGGGAAAUAGAAAAUUUAAGCGUUUCAAAUAUCAUUAAAUAAGCUUAAAGGAAAA